UAUGUUUCCUGUACUAGCACUUAAAUCAAUUCCAUAUAGAACCCAAGUCAACAGAUCAUAUUCUUCUCCUAUAUCUUUUCUCCAUCUCUUCUCUUCUACGUUUUUUCUUUUCCUUUUUUUUUUCUCCUCCAAUGGCUGAAGAAAAGAGCCAGGAAAAAUGGGAAGGAGAAGUCUCUGCUCAGUUGAAAGGCUCAAAAGCACGAGACGUUUGGCCUCUGGUUGCGGAUUUUUGCAGCCUACACAAGUGGUUCCCAACGAUCGACACGUGUCACCAAGUGGACGGUUCGGUCACCGGCGUUCAGCCGGGUGUGAUCCGGUACUGCGGUUCCACGGUAACAUCGCCCUCCGGCGAGACGACUAUCAAGUGGGCCAAAGAGAAGCUCAUAGAGAUCGAUCCAAUCCAACGGCGUCUGAGAUACGAGGUGCUUGGUAACAACGUGGGAUUCAAGUAUUGGGUGGCGAACAUGCAAGUAUUGCCGAUCGACGGUACUGAUGACGGGGGCGGGAGCGAGAUCAAGUGGUCGUUUGUUGGAGAUCCGGCUGAGGGUUGGACUUAUGAGAUUAUGUUGUCGUAUUAUGACUCUUCUCUCCAAUCCAUU